UCCUGGACAGCGUCUAGGCCCUGCGCUCUCAGGGACGAUGAAGAUCGAGGAGGUGAAGAGCACCACCAAGACCCAGCGCAUCGCCUCCCACAGCCACGUGAAGGGGCUGGGGCUGGACGAGGGCGGCCUGGCCAAGCAGGCGGCCUCGGGGCUCGUGGGCCAGGAGAACGCGAGAGAGGCAUGUGGUGUAAUAGUAGAAUUAAUCAAAAGCAAGAAAAUGGCUGGAAGAGCUGUCUUGUUGGCAGGACCUCCUGGAACUGGCAAGGUCUCCUUUGCAUUGGAAAUUCAUUCCUCUUGGCCCAGCUAUCAUAAAAAUCUUCAUGGUGACACUUAGUUGAAGGUGAAGAAAACAAGGCAGCGCGGUUUUCCCACGUUCGGUUUC